CCCAUCUCUUUAUCGAUUUGCCUGACGGUGGCGGCGGCAAUCCAGAUCCGGUGCAGAGCUUGAGGGCUACGCCGACGGGAGGUGCUUGACUACAUCUUGCCGGAGACCAUCGACGUGCACCACGUCGCCGCCUUCUACGAGGAUGUACUCUGCUCCGCGCGCGUCCCUUUUCCCUAUGGUUUCCAGGUCGUCUGUCUCCUCCUCACGGGCACCUCCGCCGCCAUGGGCUACUGCACCCAGGGGGUGCGGGUGCCCCGCCCGCGUAGCUGCCCAGGAUGCACCACACGGCCUUCUUGAAGCCCGCUUCUGUCACAUCUGCAACAAGGAGGAGCCCACCCUGCCAGCAGCCAAGCUGCAGGGUUGGUACCUCGCUGCUUUCCUGUAGUGCCGAUGAGCCAUGGUGUCGGUCAAAUGGUGUUCAAAAUAUAAAUGUCGGAGCUGCUACCUCAUUUGCAGUGAUUAAUUUCCCAGUGCUUCUCAUUGAUGAUUUCAGUACACCGGAAAAGAACCAAUCAUUCUCUAACGAGAGACGAAGAAUCAGGAGUACAAAUGGAGAGAAGAAGCAUUUAGGAAAGGCUUCCCUUGCUUACCAACCACAUGAAACAAGAUGA